AAGUACAAAAACACUCUAGAGAUACGAGUUUGUAGCUUGAUAUUAUUAUUAUAGAUCUACGAAAAUGAGUCACCGUACAACAAACAAGAAAGCCAAGAAGCUAAGGAAAAAGUCUCUUGAAUUGCAGGCCUUUGUUAAGCAUUCCAGUGAGCUUCAUGAAGUUCUCAAUGAUGGUGUGUUAACAAGAUUGGCUUGGGAUCUCUUCCAAGCAGAGAUAUUCUCUCAAGCAACAUGUACCAACAUAACACACGUCAUGCUCAGUGAGAGUGAUAAGGCUACAAAGCUCGUUGGUGCUAUAAUACAGUCUAUCAAGUCUGAUAACUCAAAUCUACAGACCAUCCUCGAUUGUUGCGGCAAGUACAUUGAAUUGAUACCAGUCGUUGAUCGAAUGAGAGAAGAAUACGACAAUCUCAAGGAUGUUUUGCCAGGAUUUAAGGAUGAAGUUAUUGCAAGCUCAACUGAACGACAGUACAGAUCUUGUCUUGGACUACGAACUAAGAAGUGCUAUGUGAUGUGUAUCGCCGUACUAUCAAUUGUAAUCGGAUUCGGAUAUGUAAUAUACCCUCAAAGUACUACUAUUUUUGAGGGAUUUGGUCCGCAGCAACAACAAUUCUUAGAAAAUGAGUUUGAAAGAUGUGAUGAUCAAGUACAACAGCAAAUUGUACAGCAAAUUAGUUAUAUUAGACUAGAUGCACCUCUAUUAAAUAUCAGUUUACCAUUGCCUUCCCGUCCUGAGCCCUUUGUUGGUAGAAAAGAAUUAAUAUAUACAGUUAUGCAAAAUCUCUUUAAUACUCACACAUCAAUAGUUGGAUUGUUUGGUCCUCCUGCUUUCGGAAAAAGUUCAUUGGCUAUUCAUAUUGGUCAUGAAAUCAUGAGUACAAAGGGAAUUGGUGUAAGUUAUGUUGAUCUAAGCGAAUUCAAACUAUCCUUUGAGCAAAAACCUCACCUGAAAAGACUUGUCAGAGGAGUACAGACAUACAACUGUUACAGCGGCGAUUUUGAGAAACAUUUACUAGGCAGGUCUGUCAACGGUGACUACCUCUUAAACUGGGCAGCUUCAAUUGCAGAACAUUCUAUUUUGAUUUUUGAUAACUGCGAUCUAGUCCUUAAUGAAUGGCAUGAUGAAUUCCAAGAGUUCAUACUAGAUUUGAGAAAGUCAUCUAAAGAUAAUUUGAAGGUCAUAAUUACAAGCCAGCUAAAAAUUUCUUUUGCAGACUACUUUAGUGAUAUUGAAGUGUUAGAGUUAAGUGAAAAGGAUUCAAAAUCCUUAAUCAGUGUUCUUCAACCAAACUUGAGUCAUCACUUACAGAAUGAAAUAGUUGAACUCGUAGGAAACUGUCCAUUGGCAAUUAAGGUGGCGGUUAUGCUGCUCAAAACAAUUAGCCCGACAAUGUUAAUCCGAGAUCUAAAGGCAAAAAAUGUUGAUGCGAUAUCUUCUCCACAAUUUCCAAGGCGUGAGAGGUUCAAUGUUGUAAUGGACACUGCUUGUCAAUAUCUCAGCAACAACUCCAAAAGAGCUGCAUAUGUUUUUUCUUUGUUUCCUGGUUCAUUUGAUGAAGAUAUUCUUUUGUUUCCGUUUUUCAUUGAAUUCCAAGAAGAAAUCAAAAAUCUUUUUGAGCGCUCUCUAUUUGAAAGGUACGCUCACAUUUUUGGAGAAAGAUACAAGUUGCAUAAGCUAAUAAAAAUAUAUUUUAGGGAGAAGAUUUUGAUAGAUUCAAAAAAUGUAUUGAAAUCUGACUUCAAAACAACAUUCGUAGAGUAUUAUACAAAGAAACUUUAUAAUUAUCUCACUUCUAUAAAGUCGAUUAAAGAACCAGCUCAAAAAGACCAACAACUUAUCACUAGCGAACAGCAUAACAUACGACAGCUAGCUAGAAUUUUGUUAAGUACAAAAGAUCACAACUUUUCUUCAGAAGAAAUAAUAGUUCUUCUAUUUUAUUCUCAACAAGGAGGCUUAGAAAGCAACCAUUCAAGUAUUAUUCUAGAUGUCACCUUGACAUUUUUAGAAGAAAACAACACAUUGCUGAACAAAGCGUGCUCUCAGACUUACACGAGUGUAUGCAAAGUAUUGAUAUCCAACCUAUUGCUCUCCAUUACCGAAACUGGCUAUACACACCUCCCUUGUACAAUUUGUGACACAGUUAGUGGCCCAGACAAGCUCAUAAACUUUAUCACUGAUGACUUGCUACAGUUAAUUGACAAUUCUUAUGUUUUCUGCUCACAAAACAAUUUUGCACAUAACAUUGUCAAGAUUUUGAAGUAUUUGCUUUUUUCAUUGGAGUGUUGGUUUUCAUUAAAGUAUUCUGCAGUUGUCUUUCGCAUUCAAAUGGGAAAGACUGGCACAUUUCAAUCUUUAUUACACUUUCUAUUUUUUUUUUUAGUGAUUCAAACAAUUGAAUCUUACGUUAUGCUUUGUUUCACGAUUUUUAUACUUGUGAUUUUGUAUGCUUUGAGAGGUUAUAUCUGGAACAAGUGUGUCACUACUCAUCUUUUCUUUUUGUGCAUUCUUUAUCUUAAUUUUUAUGUUUUGGGUGUUUUAGCUAACGCUCUUGGAUAUUUUUCACUAGAAGGAAAUGGAUCAAUGAGAUACCAACAGUGGUGUCUAUUAUGCAUACAUUUAACAUGUAAAAACUCGUUUUGGAUUGCAAAUUUUCUUAACAAUCUUAUAUGCUCAUUAAUUUUUCCUGGUAUUCCUCUAUACUUUAUAGCUAGAUACUUUGUUGGCAGCAUCAUUAGCUUAUUUAUGAGUGAUUUUCAUCAAUUUGUAUACACAAGUAAAAGAAGUUUCCACAAUUAGCUUUUUGUAUUCACACAAUCCCCAUUAUGUUUAAUAA